AUGGGAAUCCAGGGGGAGCCGAUCGUUUCAACAACAAGUGCCCUAGGCGUGCCAGGCUUUGCACUCGUUACUGGUGCCGCAUCUGGAAUUGGUCGAGCUAUCGUCCACCUCCUUGCCAGAGAAGGGUGUGCCGGCAUUGCACUCGCAGACAUCAAUCUCGCCAGUGCACAAGCUGUGCAAGCCGAAUUAGAAUCCUCAUCUCCAAACCCUAAAUUCAAAUGCGUGGCUAUGCGAGUAGACGUACAGGAUGAGGAGUCCAUCAUCGCUAUGGUGAAAGAGACGGUGGCAGCAUUCAGCAGGAUAGACUAUGCUGUUAAUUGUGCCGGUAUUGGGAUGAAGAAGCCACUUGCGGAUACGGAGCUGCAGGAUUGGAAUCGAAUGGUUGGGAUUAAUAUGACGGGUGUCUUCCUAUGCUUGAAGGCAGAAGUUAAGCAGAUGAUGUCUCAACAAUCUUUGACUACUGAUCGUGCAUACGCGCCACUUCAAAGAGGUGCAAUCGUCAACAUCGCCUCCCUUGCUGCCAUCAACGGCCUUCGCCAUUCAGGUGCCUAUACGGCAGCAAAGCACGGCGUAGCAGGGAUAACUCGAACGGCCGCUCUUGACUAUCCCGAGAUCAAGUGCAAUGCAAUUGUGCCCGGGUACAUCAAAACCCCUUUAACGGACGCCCCUGGAGAGAUGCGUACGAACGCUCUGAUCAAGGUCAAUGACUGGACUCCCAUGCAGCGAUUCGGGCUUCCUGAGGAGAUCGCAGAGGGUGUGGUAUGGCUUUUAGGUUAUCGAAGUAACUUCGUGCAUGGAAGUUGUCUUGUGAUGGACGGUGGAUAUCUGACACAUUAG